UGUUUAUCACUGUUAUUACAUCUGCAUCCACUCUUCUUUUGUAUUUUUUCUCCUUUCAAUCAUGGUCCAGCAAGACAAGGGCAAGUCCAAGAAGCCCCGCGCCGCGACCGCUCCACAGAAGCCCGCCACCACCGCUGCCAGCGACGCCGCUGCCAAGGGUAGCAAGAAGCACAAGGGUCUUGGCCAGCAGCUGCGCGACAUCCGCCGACUGCUCGCUCGGCCAAACCUGCCUGCAACGGUUCGCCAGGCACACGAGCGCCAGUUGGCUGCACUUGAGCUCGAGCGUCAGACCUCGACGAGCGACAAGGCGGUCGUCACGCUGGAACGCACUGCGGUGAACAAGUACCAUGCAAUCCGAUUCUUUGAGCGCCGAAAGUUGCUCCGAUUGAUGGAAACUGCACGCAAGAAGGACCAGCCGGAUCUGUCACAGCUUGCCAAGUGGAUGGCCGAUGUCAACUACGUCACAUACUUUCCAAAGAGCGCCAAGUAUCUUUCUCUCUUCCCAAAGACCGAGCCUGACGCUCGCGCAAAGCAGGCUCGUGAAGCCAUCCACCGGCUAAUCAACCGGUUUGUGACCGAAGGUGCUCUGAAGCAAGCAGACGGGUACGAGCCGUCGAAGGCUCUCGGCGAAACCGACGAACAAACCCUGCGCGCUCUGGAAGAAGUCGCCAAGCAGCAUCGCUUGCUCUCGGAUCGCCUCGUGUCGGCCCGCGAGCAGGCAGCCAACGCACAGAAUGCUGCUCGCGCCGCCUCUGCUGAGGACGACGAUGCAGAGGAUGACAGCGAUGAUCAGGAGGAGGGCGAAGAUGAGGAAGAGGACGCUUCGGACAGCGAAUCCGAAGAGGACAAGGCUCCCCAAAAGCGUAGCGGGCGCAAACCCGAAAAUAUCAAACCAUCAUCGGGUGCGACGAGCACGGCAGCCAGUCGGUCUGCCAAGCGACCCAAUGUCAGCAAACCUGCCGCCAAGUCCAAGCCGGAGCCUGAGCAAGAUGACUUUUUCUUGUGAUGUGACUUUUUAGUUGUCGUUGUGAUUGUCGUGCGUUAAUGAAGCCGUUUUC